CAUUGAGCAGCUGAGCAUGCGCAGCACCACUUCCGGCUUCUCAAGUGUCAUGGCGUGUGUUGUCGGCUGCUGUGACAAGUAGUUUUUGAUUCUAACGAUGAUCCUGAUACAGCUGCAUACAUGUCAAACAACAUAUUAAUAAUGUGGAAGAUCAAAUACUGACUCUGGACAGGGUCUGUGCUUCUGAACAUCCAUCAUGCUUAUGUACAAUAGCAAUGGCAAGGUGGUUAAGUUUGAAGACCUCCUGGAUCCCACUGAUACUUGGGAGCUUGGUUCUAUCAUUGGGGAGGGAACGUAUGGGGCUGUAUUUAGAGGCUUCAACAAAAAUUCAGGGGAAGAGGUGGCAAUUAAAGUUCUUGACUCCGCUCAUGAGAUGAUUGAAGAAAUUGAAGAAGAGUAUCAAAUUCUGAGGGAUUUUUCAGAACAUCCCAACAUGCCAAAGUUCUAUGGAAUGUAUCUCAAGCAUGCCUCAGAAUUUGACAGCCAAGUCUGGUUGGUUAUGGAGAUGUGCUCAGGAGGGUCGGUCACAGCUUUGACACGAAGCCAGCUCAAGGAGGAGGAGUACUUGCAGGAGCUGCUGAUUGCUCAUAUCCUUAAGGAGACUCUGACUGUGCUAAAGUAUUUGCAUGAGCAUAACAUCAUUCACCGGGAUGUUAAGGGUCACAACAUUCUUAUAACAAGUGCUGGUAUCAUCAAGAUGAUUGAUUUUGGUGUGUCAGGACACCUAGAUUCUCCACUGGGUCGUAGAAAAACACAUGUAGGCACACCUUACUGGAUGGCACCAGAGGUGAUUGCUUGUGAGCAGCAGCUAGACUACAGCUAUGAUGUUCGUUGCGAUAUCUGGUCAUUAGGAAUAACGGCCAUUGAACUAGCUGAAGGUAAACCUCCUCAUUCAGAUGUAGAUCCACGUCGAGCACUCUUCAAAAUUCCCAGAAGUCCACCACCAACACUUUCUAAAGGAGUGCUGUGGUCUCCAGAAUUUCAUGACUUCAUUGCAAAAUGUCUAGUGAAAGACUUUGAACAAAGGUCAUUCACAGGCGAUCUACUAUCUCAUCCUUUCAUACAAAAAGUGCCAACAGAUACAACAGAGCUUCGCAAACAGUUAGUAGAGUUGAUUUCUAAGAUGGAACAGAGAGUAGAGCCUCCACAUGUGACAACAAAGCAUGGUCAAUUUAAAUCAGGUCGAAAAAAUCACAAAGAAUCGUCAUUAACUGUCGACGACCUAGCCACCUUAGAAACACUAGAUGAGGAUGUGAUAAUCAAGGAAUUAUCAAGCCGGUACAGUGAUGAAAUCAUCUACACAUAUAUUGGAGAUAUUUUACUGGCUGUUAACCCUUUUACACCCCUAACUAUUUAUUCUGAAGAGCUUGCUCAGAGGUAUAUGCAUGCCGCUAAGGCAGACAAUCCACCCCAUAUCUAUGGUGUGGCAGACCAGGCCUACCAGAGCAUGAUGCAUAAUCAGCACAAUCAGUGCAUUGUUAUCAGUGGAGAGUCUGGUGCAGGAAAGACAGAGAGUGCCAAUUUCCUUGUGCAACAGCUGACCCUUCUUGGCAAGGCAGAGAAUCGAAAACUUGAAGAUCGAAUUCUGCAAGUCAAUCCUCUGAUGGAGGCAUUUGGUAAUGCCAAAACUGUCAUCAAUGACAAUUCAUCACGUUUUGGAAAAUACUUGGAACUCUUUUUCACUUCUUCUACGGGCACUGUCAUGGGAGCAAAGAUUACCGAAUAUCUUUUGGAAAAGUCUCGUGUUAUAAAUCAGGCAAUAGGAGAACAGAACUUUCAUAUAUUUUACUAUAUUCAUGAUGGCUUAGUCUCCCAUGAUAAUGAAAGCGAAUUUCACCUGCAGCAUGGUAAAGUAUACAGGUAUAUCUACCAAUAUACAAGUCAGCAACAGGAUGUUGCUGCAUUUUCUGUCAACAGAGUCCGAUUCAAAGCCAUUGAGUAUUGCUUUAACAUUAUUGGGUUUCAACCUGAUGAGGUGCAGUCAGUCUAUCGCAUUCUUGUGGCUAUUCUUCAUACUGGCAAUAUUGACUUUGUAGAAACAGAGAAUACACAUGGUGGGGAGUCUUGCACAGUUGCUAACAAUGACAUCGUUGAAAUUGUGGCACGUAUGCUUGGCCUUGACAUCAAAGAUCUCUUGGAGUGUUUGACAACUACAGGCAUGGUAGCAAAAGGUGAAGUCAUUGUGCGUGCCAAUAGUGUUCAAGAGGCCGUCAUUGCCAGAGAUGCCAUGGCUAAAGCUCUGUAUGGUCGUCUUUUCUCUUGGAUUGUUAAUAGAAUCUCAGCCCUUCUCAAGCCCACUUCAGGGGGAGAAAAUGACAGGCUGGUGACUGGGUUAUUAGACAUCUUUGGGUUUGAAAAUUUUGAAACAAACUCUUUUGAGCAGCUGUGCAUCAACAUUGCCAACGAACAAAUCCAGUAUUACUUUAACCAGCAUAUCUUUGCCUGGGAACUGGCAGAAUAUGAAAAAGAGGAGAUUGAAGCAGUUCAUGUGACUUAUACUGAUAAUCGACCAAUCCUGGAUAUGUUUCUGGCCAAGCCUGUUGGCUUGCUUUCUUUGCUGGACGAAGAGAGCAACUUCCCAAAAGCCACUGACCAGACACUAGUGGACAAGUUUAACCAGAAUAUUCGAACAGGAGUGUACUCUCAACCUAAGGGCAAUAACCUUCUCUUCUGGAUUGAGCACUAUGCUGGCCGAGUGGAAUAUGAUGCUACUGGGUUCUUAGAGAAGAAUCGUGAUCGUUUACCAGUUGAGAUCAUCCAUAUUUUGCGCACAUCUGAAAAUAAGGUGGUGCGCACCCUGUUCCAGACCCCACUCAGCAAGACAGGCAAUCUGUCCUCUGGCAGUAACUCCUUACACUCAAGUGUCCGUUCAUCAACGCUUCCCUCUCCCAUAUCCACUAUGCCUGCAGUGACCAGUAUUGCCCACAGAAAUGCUGCCUCAAUGGGUGGCAGCAGGAUCUAUGGUAGAUUAUUUCAUUUGACAGGCUCAGCAAGCAUGACUCGAAUUCAACAGACUGUGGCCACAUAUUUUCGGUUCUCAUUAAUGGACCUACUGAAUAAAAUGGUAGCUGGCACACCUCACUUUGUCAGGUGCAUCAAACCCAAUGAUGAAAAAGAACCUGGAAACUUUGACUACGAAAGAGUCAGAACUCAGCUCCGCUACACCGGUGUCUUGGAAACUACCAGGAUCAGACGACAGGGCUUUUCUCACCGAAUAAAUUUCUCAGACUUUCUCAAAAGAUACCACAUUCUUGGCUUCCACGGCUCCAGCAAAAUCCCGAUCACUCGAGAGAACUGCAGGCUGUUGCUGGAAAAGCUGGACAUGACUAACUGUGCAGUAGGCAAGUCUAAGGUGUUUCUGAAGUACUACCACGUGGAGGAGUUGGCCCGGCGUUAUGACGCCUUGUGCCGCAAAGUGGUACUCGUGCAGUCCUGCUUCCGCGCCUGGUUGGCACGCAGCAAGUUCUACAAAAUGAAGUGGCAGCGGGAAAAGGCUGCAAUCACUGUCCAAAAAUGGACAAGAGGAUUGUUUGCAAGGAUUCAGUACAAAGCUAAGGUGGUGAACAGACACGAAGCAGCAGUAACCAUUCAAAAAGCGGUGCGCGGCUGGCAAGCCAGGAAGAAGUAUUACCCCGAGGUCGCAAGGCGCCGUGUGGCUGCGAGAACCAUUCAAGGAGCCUACAGAAAGCAUCGUGUCCGCUCCUCCCUCAAAAUCAGGCGAGAGAAGAAGCAGAGAGAGAAAGAACAGCAAGAGAAGGAACAGCGAGAGAAGGAAGAACAGAAGAAGGAUCUAGCAGCGAGCCACAUCCAGAGAAUGUACCGGUUGAGGCAGCGAACCAAGCACAUGCUGACGGCAGAAAACACCAGAAAUCGGGCAGCAACUCUCAUCCAGACCUAUUUCCGCAUGUGGCGCAGCAAAGUGCUGUACAAGCAGCUCACUGGCUACAAGAAACAGAAGGAAGGACAGCUAGAGAACUUCGGACAGCAGGUGGAAAAUUACGGCAAAGGAGUAAUAGAUCACCUGAAGCAAACAGACGAUGCCAAGUCAGAUGCGUUAAUGACGUCAUCAACAGCCAGAGGCGUGACAUCAGCGGAGCGAAGUGUGCCGGUGUGGGAGAGGAUCAGCCGUGACGACGUAGGAGAAGCCCGCUUGGAACAGAUGCGGAAAAUGAAUGAAAGAAAAGCUACUAUGCCGGAAACAGAGGCCAAGUACUACGAUGAGCUGAACUACGGCAAGUCAGCAGUCGUGGCGAACCACCUUCCGGCCGUUAUGCUCAAUGGCGGAACACUGAGCAAUCCAGACCCUAAUAAUAGAGACUUCCAGAGAGAGGAGGACGAGACAGAGUUCAGUGAAAGCGCAAGGCUUUCCCGUCUGUUGCUGGCCAAGUCUGCAGCUCGAGCAUUGAUGGCCAACAAGCCAGGACAAGUGGAGGUGACUGUAACAGUCAUUAACGAUAAUGACAACCUUGCUGUGCCCUGGGAUGCACCUCUUGUAUCUGCACGUAACAACACACUGGCACCAGACACUUAUGAGGAUGGCAGUGGCUACAUCACCCCCUGUAGCAUUUACUCCAUUGAGGCAGACCUGGCAGCAGAAAAGGAAGGCUUACUGGAUGAAGAAGACAAGCAUGAACUUGCUCGCAGACUGGAACAAGAAGUUGCAGGAGGUAUCCUGGCUCUUUGGCGUCAGCGUCUUGCCCAGCCUGCCAAUGAUGAAGAGUUAGAGAUUGGCUACGAUAGUGAUGAGAACAUCAGCACUGGCCUCAACUCUCCUACAUCUACAAGUCCACGAUCACCUCCUUCUCCCACAGCAGCACCCUUACAGUUCUCAUACAACGCUGGGCGUGUUUCCAACAGUCUAAACAUAAACAGAAUGGUGUCUUCAAAUCAAGAUGAAGAAGAGAAAAACCCAGAUUUAGAGGCUGCACGCUUGAAAUUACGAAAAACAAGGUUUGACUAUUCUUCGGACACUUUCCAUCACCGAGUGGAUGUCACACCACAACAGAUUGACUUUAGAAAUGUCUUAAAGAAAAAGUCUAAAGAUUCUACUUAAGGUUCUCACAGUAGAAGCUCACCAUUAUGAGAUCUGUGCACGUAUAAGUGUCUCGGCAAAUAAUAGAUGUUGAAUAUGUUACUGCUGCCUAAAUAAAUGUUUUAAGAUUUGUGCCAUACAUCUGACAAACUCGGCAAUUUCAUGCCAUGAACUAUAAAAAGUAUGAUGAAUUGAGGUGCAAUUAUAAACCCUUUAAAGUAUUAGAAAAGAAAAUUAUUUUUAGCAUACCACUCCACCUAUGAACAGGUGAAUGCAUGAGUUUUGAAAAAGUAGCACGACUGCCUGAUACUUAUAUUUAUGUACAUUGUACAUUAUAACAUUGAAAAAUCACUUGCUGUUUGCAGUGAACUUUUUGUUCUUUAGGGAGAGUAUUUUUGAAGAAUGUAGGCAUUGGUCAUAGAUCAAAGUGAAUACAAUAUGAUACACAUAAACAUAUAGCUUUUCAAAGUUGGAGUAGACUAAGCAUUUAUGACAUACAUAAACCUACAGAUGGAAGUCAAAGGAUUUUGGAUGUGGUGAACAAUGUUUAUCCUGUGAAUGCAUUUUUAUAGUGUACACCUCAGAAAACUUUAACAGGGCUUUCUGCCUUUCUUGUACAGAAACCUGCGACUAUUGACACAAAAUUGACAAAAACAUCUUAUUAAAGAUAAAGGAUUGUCCUAAUCUUGCAUUACAAGCUACUGAACUUUAUUUGUAGUGAUUUUGUCUUGGAAAUCUUUACAGUUAAAAUGCCUAUUUCAAAAAGUCAAUAUGUACACUGUUACAGAAUGUAAUGCAGUACUUGUCAGAGGCUUAUCUGAGCAUGUGCUUUGUGUUCCUUGGCUGGUCCAGUGUGUGUCUGAAACCUGAAGACAAGAAAGGUGGUGUGGAUGGUUUUUAUGGUUACAUAGAUUACUUUAUGGAUGGACAUUAUGAAAUUUUGUGUGCACCUCACAAUGUGUUCUUUACAUAAAUGCCACAAAAUUGCCUCUGUGAGCUUUUAACUAAUGACCUAGUCCACAUAAUCAAUGUUUGGUUAUAUCAUAAAAACGAGACAUUUUUUUGUAUGUAUAUGGUUGUACAUGGUAAAGAUACUGGUAGAUGUUGGGACUUGUAAUUUUGGUGCCACAACAAAUAACACACAUUGUCCAAGAUUUGAGUUUUAACAUUUAUUUCUUAGUUUUUUAAGCUGUCAUUUUUGUUUAAAAGUCUUUAAAAGUGCAUUAAUGUCUUCAUUUGACAUUUUAUUUAAUCUGUUGUUUACAUGUCCUAUAAGCAGUUUAAUUCUGUAGAAUCUUUUAUAAGGUUUGGUGAUGGCUCUAUAUUUUUCCUGUCUCCUUUAUCAUGCUGAACAAUUGACACAGCAGAUUUUGCUGCAUUGGGCAGAUGACUUGAUGGGAGGUGAACUACUGCAACUGGCAUAGCUCAAUGUCUGCAUAAGGUUGUUCCAACCUGUAAACUAUUUCAUCUGUGAUAUAAGUCAAUGGCUGACUUUUUCAAGUCUGAAGACUGUAUUAAGGGUUUUCAUUAAUGUUUACCUUUGUCUUUAUUUAAUGUUUAUUAAGCAUUCCUGUCAUUAUAUUUAUUCUUUUUCUUUGGUUGUGAUCAAUAAGUGUUAAGUAUUUAAUUUUAGGGGAAUGCAAAACAGUAAUUUAGCAAGUCAAAAUAAGGGGUUUCUUGCUCAUGAUGGUACAUGACAUCAUAAUUAUAUGUUUGACCUACAGUCUGUGAAGUUGCUUAUUGUCUGUUUAAUAACCCUUUGCGUAAUCUCUGUAAAGUGUGUAACUUCUGUUAAUCAAUCCAACAGCCUAUAUUCAAAGAUAUUUUCAUGACAGUUACCUAAACAUAUACUUUUGUUAUACGUGAAACAUUAAAUUCGUUUUGCCUUCAAAUAAAUAAGUUGUGACAUGCAUUAGUUAAAAACACUUAAACAUUAAAAUAGUUGAACAGGGGAAAAGUUGCAGCAGAAUUUAUUAGAAGCAAAAGGUUACACCUGUAAUGCAUUGAGAGCUUAUAUGAUGGAUAACAGACUUAUAAAUCGUUUGGUCAUAUAUAUAUAUGUCUAUGUAUGUAGCCACAGAAAAGAAUCAUUUUUAGUUAGAUUUCCACCAGUUUAAGUGCUAUCAAGUAUGAAGAUUCACCACCAGGAAAAGUUGGAACAAUCUAGACAAAACAAAAUAGCAUGUUUAGGUAUUGCCUUUGAAUAGAAAUCAGUAUUUAUUUCCUAUUCUGAUUCAUUUUUUACAGCAAAGAAAUGUAACUAAAAUCCCAGGGGAGCUGAUUAAUUCAGCAAAAACAGUAGUGGAUUUUUUUUUUUUUUGCAUUCUUUGUUGGGAUGUUCUUGUUAAGAACAAGAUUAUAACUGAAAAAAAAUUACAAAAGUUUGAAUGGCAUGAACAGCAUUUUUCACACAAAUUUUAAUUCCUACUUUGCAAAUUUUUUUAUUAACUUUACAAUCAUUUUAUGAUUGACUUUUUUGAUGACUUGUUUUCAAUUAUAACAUGAAUUCUACAUAGAUUAUGUGAAUUUAUAUUCAUAAAAGUGUGUGUGUGUGUGUGAGAGAGAAAGAGAAGUAAAGGAUAAACCAUACAGGUCAGCAUUUUCUUGAUAUUAUAAUUUUAAGUUCAAAAUAACAUGUUAAGCUACCAGAUGUUUUACAGCUGAAUUUGCUGUUAAUGAUAAGCAAAAUUCUGGUCUAAAAUGUUUAAGCAUACAAGGACAGUAAUCCUGCAUUUAUUAUAUGUAAGAUCUACCAUGUUGAAUUUAAUGGAUUGCAUCCCCUAGAAACCAUUUUUGCCAGGCGUGAAACAACUGUACUCAUUCCAACAGGGAAAAUUUUACUUGUAAUUUUUCCUUUUUUUUUCUGGGCUUCAUAAAUGACCUUUCAUUUGCUCACCAUAUCUGCAGUGAAACUACCAUGAUUUCAAAAUAUCAAGAUUAGUUCUUGUAAAGUCAAUUUCCUGUUUGAACUAUGCUUUCCAAAUGAAGAUGGAUUUUCAAGGAAUGAGUCAUAAAUGCUGCAUGUAUGUGAGAGUGUGUGCGUGCAUGUUCAUGUUGUGUGUGUUUCUUUUGUUAUGUGCCAAAGUAUUUUGUACCCUCUUUGCACUUUUUUCUUUCACAAACCUUCACCUGUUUCAAACUAGUGAGCAUCAUGAUAAAUGUGAGUUGAAAUAUGCUAUGUUCUAUAUGAUAAAACUUAUUAUCUUGAUUUUUCCACAGUGUAAAUGACAAUGCAUGAAUAUUCCAACAUCUUGUGUUAUAAGCACCUGUACCUUUGCCAGUUGCUAGAAAACUCGAGCUUUUAAUGUGAACAUAAUAUUUUUAAGGAGUAUUUCUGAUUUCAUGGGACCAUACACAAAGGAGUUGCUCAUGUAAUUGUGCCGCUUAUUUUCUCUGGUGCAAAAUGUUUAGCAAGUGCUUCAAUUAUAAUCAUAGAUGACUGUUGCUGAAUCUCAUUAUUUGCUCUUCUACCAGUAACUGUAUGCUUAUAUUACUCUUUGAAAGUUAUUUUUGCACUGCUUUAAUGUCGACAUUAUGUAUGUAGUACCUAAGUAAGUAGUUGUCACUGUCUGCAGAUUACAACACUUAGGUGCUAACAUGCACUUGCCUUUAUGCUACAGCCCUUACAGAAAUGAGAGCUCAGAUGUUUUCUAUACCGCAGAACAGAUAUUUUUGACAAAUCUAUAUUGUUAGGAACUUUUAAUACAUCUUAAAAACUAUUUCUAUAGUUAUUUUUGACUAACGUGCUUGAAGAUCUCAAAAAAAUUUUUCCAAGUAUGUAAUCCUUUACUAUUGUUUUGAGAUCUAACAACUCUUGAAAUUGUAAAUCUGUAUAUUUGGUAUAACUGUAACAGGAAAUGCCAGCAAUAACAACAAAACGUGUUCCAGAUUUUAAAUAUUGAUGCCAUUGAUAACUUAUUUUUGUUUUUCAAUAUUUUAAAGUAUAUUUUGCUUAAAUUUAGACAAUGUAUUGUUAUAUAAAGUAUAAAUUAACUAAAAAUUUGUUAUAUAAUGCAUUAAUGAAGUGCAAGAUCCUUGACCAUGUCAAAAUCUGGAUUGUCAUUUGUCAGUUAUCUGGCAUAAUAUGCAAGCCAAAGAAUUACGUGAUUCUCUUGUCUCACCAACUUUUAUUGGAUCUUCAGCAUACUUUUACCCACUGGUGUCAAAAGACUCCAGAUACUGUGAAUGAUUUAGCUUCAGAAAUAGUGUUUUUACCUAAUGUAUCUUUAUGUUUUGCAUCCUAAAAUUUAUCAUUUAAGGCAAUGCAAACAUAGCAGAGUAAAUCUUAAUUGGCAAAAUGAUAGAUUUUGAAAGCAAAUGUGCAGAGGGAACACUUAUUCAUUUCAAAACACAUUUAAAAAAUGUUUUUCUCUGUUCCUAGGCACAACUUGAAUUUUGGUUUCAGAUGCUGACCCAGAAGUUCUGUGUUUAUUUACAUCUUUGUAGAUUGUAUUUAAAUUUAUCAGUUUUACAAAAAUUAUUUUGGACACAUUUUUUCAUAUUAUUCCAGCUGAUUAAAAAGUAAUUUGAAACACAA